ACGCUAAGCAAGGUUGGAUUUAGAAGCUCUGCGCUGCUGCCUUCAUCAUGACAUAUAACACACCCACCCCAGCUCUCGCACUCUACACAACUAUUUCCUCAAGUCUACGCCUAGGUGUAACUUGUGGACUGAACAAAAAAUCUUGCACUUGUCAGAAAUAGCAUUCUUUCGUCGUAGUUGUUGUGAUCGCCGUGCUGACGUGAGUAUCUAGAAAUGUACACUUUGCCCGACGGAAGCAGAUUGGUGCAUCACUUUCUCUUCGCCUUCUGCGCACGUUGAUUGGUUUUAUAUCGUGCUUCAAAUGACUGCACUGCUUUGACCAAGUCUGGGCUGCUGGAGGUUCCUGGAGAAACCCGUACGUUUCUAUGUGAACAACUGGCAGGAAUUGAAACAACACCUCUUACGACACCUCUGUUCUGCCAUGGAGCACAAGUUGCAGGCUACAAAUGUCUUCCUAGUGCUCAGAUGAUGUGGACCGGAGGUUUGUGCGCUGCAGAUCCGAGGAUGGACAGCUCCGUUGAGGAUCUGGCGAACACACAUCAUUGUGGAUAAAUCCACGUUGUCCUUCUGAAAGCGCAUACAGAAACAACGUCGCCACUUCUGAGGCAUGAACGCCGCGAAAGUGUCACCGCGUUGAGUUUAUGGUUCGUUUCGGAGCGAGGAGAUAUUUUUGAAUGCUGCAUGCACAGGUUCGCCACUGGCCCGUGCCUGGUCAACCUAUAGGCUACACCUGGCGACAUGAUCAGAAUUUGGUCGUUUUGAACUGCCAAGAGAAGUGGAUCGGCGUUGGACAUUGACAACUGUAUUUUGAAAAGCAAGCUGUGCUCUUAUAUCUUACAAAGCUGGCAAAUGAACAUGGUAACGUUAAUUUAUACCUUUUGAAAUUAGCGGUCAGCGUAGUGUACACCUUUUGCGAUGUAGUGUGUCUCUUCGUUUUUGCUCUUAUUAUUCUCAUCGAACAGGACACUAUGAAGAUGAUACUCUUUCGUAAAUUUCGAGUUUUAAUCCUCAUGGUGUUCCUUAUAGCAUGCUCGAUGCAUAUUAUGAUAGACUUGUUACCAAAACUGGAGCGACGGAGCAACAGCGCCUGUUCUUGCCCUCACCGACAGAGCGAGGAGCCUCAGAACUGGGGCAAACAUCGACCCAGGACGGGACCAGAUUCGGGCUGGCCUAACAAGCACACUUUGCGAAUUCUUCAAGACUUUAGCAACGAGCCUAGCUCUAAUCUGUCCUCACAUUCACUGGAAAAAAUAACAGCCACUGGAGAUAAAACAGAAGCUCUUCAAAGACUCGAACAUUUCGCACAAAACAGCGAGGGCAAGAAGCAAUUUAUCGGGGACGCAAACUCAAGCAAGAAUGUACCUGUCAAAGGUUCUCGUCUUGCUGCGUUGUAUGAACACCCCCUUUACAAAAGACAUUUGCCGUCACUGACAGACGAGGACACGUUAUUCAACGUCAACACGGACAUACGAUUUGACCCGAAAGCUGCAGAGAACCAAGAAUGGCAUACUCAAGGCAAGGAUGGAGAGUACACUCAAAAUGGAGAGCUGUCAGCCGAUGCUUAUCCAAACUGGCUGCGCUUCCACAUAGGAAUAAACCGAUACGAGCUCUAUUCUCGCUACAACCCGGUCAUCGAGGCCAUGCUCAAGGAUCUUGUGACUCAAAGAAUCACCAGUGUUGCCAUGAAAUCUGGAGGCACACAGCUGAAGCUCAUCAUGACAUUCCAGAACUACGGCCAGGCCCUGUUCAAACCCAUGAAGCAAACCCGGGAGCAGGAAACCCCCCCUGACUUCUUCUACUUCUCAGACUUUGAGAGGCACAACGCUGAGAUAGCCGCCUACCAUCUGGACAGAAUCUUGGAUUUCCGGCGAGUUCCUCCAGUGGCAGGAAGGUUGGUGAACAUGACGAAGGAGAUUAGGGACGUGACACGAGACAAGAAGCUCUGGAGGACCUUCUUCAUAUCCCCAGCCAAUAAUGUGUGUUUCUAUGGCGAGUGCUCGUACUACUGCUCCACGGAGCACGCUCUGUGUGGGAAGCCGGACCAGAUCGAGGGCUCGCUGGCCGCCUUCCUGCCUGACCUGGCUCUGGCCAAGCGCAAGACCUGGAGGAACCCGUGGAGACGCUCCUACCACAAGCGCAAGAAAGCAGAGUGGGAAGUAGACCCAGACUAUUGUGAGGAGGUCAAGCAGACUCCCCCCUACGACAGUGGAACACGCCUGCUUGACAUCAUGGACAUGACCAUCUUUGAUUUCCUCAUGGGAAAUAUGGAUCGCCACCACUAUGAGACCUUUGAGAAGUUUGGGAACGAGACGUUCAUCAUCCACCUGGAUAAUGGAAGAGGGUUUGGGAAACAUUCCCAUGAUGAGGUGUCAAUCCUGGUGCCUUUGAGUCAGUGUUGCAGGGUGAAGAAGUCGACGCACCUGCGCCUCCAGCUGCUGGCCAAGGAGGAGCUCAAGCUGAGCACGCUGAUGGAGGAGUCCCUGCAGCAGGACCGCCUGGUGCCCAUCCUCAUCCGGCCGCACCUGGAGGCCAUGGACCGCCGCCUGCGCCUGGUGCUGCAGGUGCUCUCCGACUGCGUGGAGAAGGAGGGCUACGCCAGCGUGGUGGAGGACGACCUGAGCAGCACGGCCCAGACCGCGGCGGGCGCUGCUGCCGCUGCCGCCGCUCCCCUCGCGCCCACCACCACGCAGAGGAGGUAGUAGACCCGGUGGGACGAGACGGACUGCUUCUGCAGGACGGCGGGUCUUUAGUCCCCCCCAAUGCGGAUGCCGACGUGGAGGCGAGAUGGGGGUUGUUUGUGGACUAGCGAAAGUAAAGACGCUUCUUUGUUCUGGGGCGAACCUUGUUUAUUGUGUUUGUUUUGAAUUCAGUGAAUUCCAUAAGACUCGGUCAUGCAUUCCUCAACUGCCUGUGUUUGUUUGUGUGUGUGUGUGUAAAUGUGUUCAUGGGUUGGACACACACACACACACACACACACACACACACACACACACACACACACUGGCAGUUGCAAAAAGCGAAAGGGAGUAUUUUGGAUGGAGUCGUCAAUAUUCCUGAAAUUCGUCGUCUUCACACUUGACAUGUGGAGAGAGCAAGACACUUCUUCUCUUGUUGAUAUUUUUGUUGUUGUUGUUGUUGUUGUUUUUCUAAUUUAAAAGAGCUUUGAUUGGAGCGCAGGUUUGCUCCGACAUGUCCAUACAGACGUGCACCAAAUAUUCCUUUCUCUAGAAUUGUAUUUAUUAAGUGUCAUAUUUAUUAUUUCAAAGAAAGAAAAAAAAACGAUUGACACUUUUAUUUCAAGAUGGCCUGAUAAGCCUUAUGAUUUAUUUUUUCUUGGGGGGGGGGUCAACAAAUCAACUCAACAGAACGGUUGUCUAUGUGCAGUCUCUGCAGGUAGAGGUUCAGUGCCUGUUUGGAUUCUGCCGUCCAAUACUAGCUGGAUUUAAAGGUUUCUCGUAUUUACUCUAACAAUAUCCACCCCAAAGUUCACAGUUCAAUGUGAGAACUCAUUUAGGUGGUUGGAUCACCAGUUCGGCAUCACAUCUCGGGACAGAAUUGCUUUCAUUGUUUUAACACCAGUAUAAGAGUACCAAAGGCUUGUGUUUGUUGAGAGGGUUGUUAACACGGUGACAUGGGUCCCUGACGAUCGAAAGGACUGUACCUAGUAGUACAGGCAGAAGAGGCUCUUAAAACCGAUGGUCACAGAUCUACAUGGAGGUGUGCUUGAUACCAUAUCAAGGAUUCGUUUCAAUCUACUCUUGGUCCUCCUCAACAAUGCUCAACUCCCAUUUCAGAGGGAAAGGUUUAGCCCAAUGUAUGUUUGUGAAAUGCCAUGUCAUGUGGGAUCACUUUAAUGCUAAAUGAUUUUACAGGGUAAAUUAGUGGAAUUCCAGCCGUGCCAUGGAUUUCCUCAUGGUAAAACAGGCCAACAGCAGAAACAAUUAAGUAAUAUUUUGGUCACAGGAAACAUUGCAAUUGUACUCUAGAACUGGUUGUGAUAAAUGGAUAGAUUAGUGUUGUCACAUGGCUACAACCAGUGCCAUUUUUUUUUUUUUAUUACGGUGUCUGUAUGUGGUGUGACCACAGGAUUUAAGAGUCAGAUUUUCAAUGAGACUUGAGAGGCUCUUAAUAGGAGGACAAACGUUCUUUGAUGUUAUUCCAAAAGAGAUUAUGUUUUUUUUUGUUUUUAAUCAUGUGCCUCAGUAAAACAUCUGUAGUUAUGAAGACUUCAUAAACACUACAGUCUAAUCUCAAAGGACAACCUCAGUCAUAAACCUUCCUUUGUGACAUGGAAAAUUUGCUUUAAGUCAAAGACAAAACAGGUCAGCUCUCACUACACAUAUGUAAGCGAGUAAGCCACUGUCAGUUGUAAACCCAAGUCAUCUGAGCUUUUUCCUGCUUCCGACCAAAAUGUGCUAUGAUGGAUUAGUAGCCUGUAUCCCAGAUCAUAGAAUAACAUGCUGUUAUGUUUGUGUACAGUUACUUUGACUUUUGUAGACCUCUGGUUAAAAAAUGGAAUUAUAACCACAAAGAUUUGUUGAAAGUCAUAUAUUUCAGUCACAUCCUCUCAGUCAGUUUGUACAGCUUAAAUGAAAAACAGUUUUAUCAUACUCAUACUCAACAGUUUAUUUAAACAGUCUUACUUUUUCUUUUUCAUGGCUUUGUUUUAGCAUAUUUGCACAGAAGAUUUUCAUUCCAAGACAAUACAGUCUUAAGUCCACUCAUGCAAAUCUGGUGGCCGCAUAGCUUUAUACUCAUUCAGAAUCAUAUUAUGUUGGUUAUGCUCGCACUCACGUCAGUUCUGCAAGGUUCACCACACCGCUACGGACAUUGCUUCUCCAUAUUAUACCAUAGGCUUUUUCCAUUACAAAAUGUAAUUCAUUUGCAGUAUAAAAUACAGUUGAUGACUUUAAAAAAGAUCUUUUUUCUAAGUUGUUUCUUAAGAUAACUAUGAUGUACAGAUAUUCAUAAUGAUAUCCGGUGGCGAUAUCAUUUUAAUAGUAGAGAGCGCUAUUCUAGUGAACACAUUUCAGUACUGCUGAAUACAUAUGUAGGUAUGUGAAUCCAGUGCCUGUGCAAUGAUAGGAAUACUUGAAUGUUUUUGGGUUAAAGGUGAUUUUAAGAAAACAACGAAAAAAAUGAAAACAUGGUGAACGCUAUACUGGGGUUAGGUGUUACAUUUUUUGGGGAUGGGGUGGGUUUGCCCAUCUUGGGGGCACUUUUAGCCAAGAACACAACCUACAUUUUCUGUUUCCUGACUUUUCACAACUGUGUUUAUUAUUCAGAAUACUUUGACAACAUCAUGGACUAUUUUGGCAGCCAUUUGCUUCUCUACCUUUAUGUGUUGUUUCUGUGGAGAUUUUUUUUGUUUUGUUUUUGCUACAUGGUAAAAGUGCAAUAAAACAAAAUGGGCAGAACAAA